AUGGGUGCGGUCAAGUCGGUAUUCUCUGCCGGAAAGGGUCUAGCAAACCUACUGCUUCGAGGAUCCAAGAGCAAGGUGGACAGGGACAAGUUUGACCGCGCGUUCUCGAAGUAUCCACCAACAGCAUCGCGGACGUGGGGGUUCCAGAACAGUAAUGCUGCUUUGUAUGCGAAUGACAGCUGGUUCUCCACGCAGAAGCGCAUCCGAAUGAGCGAAAUCAAUCGGUUUAUCGGCUUGAGACCAUAUCCUGCGAAACCUGCCGGCAAAGCUUUUCGCCCUGGCGACUACAAUCUUGUUUGGGGAAAUCCGGAGAGAUAUUACCGGGGCGAUGCUCAAGACCAGAACUACAGCCUGCAGUUCGCGAACCAGCUGCAUCACGACGUUGGAACGGUGGGAGUGGUUUGUGCCUCCGCGCUGCCCGACCAGGGAACCAGCGGCCUCAGCGGCCUCGGGGAUGGGUCGCCUUCCACAGCUCGGCAGAGCUCCUGGGUGCCUCGGCUCAAAUCUCAAAGUCGGACUGGUGACAUCUACGGGGUCAUUUGGGUGUUUCACCACAGCCGCCUCAGGGACGCUGCAGAGCUCGGCGACGUCGAGGCUGCAGAAGCUUUGCUCCAGCAGGCAUUGGAAAGGAACCAGGGUUGGGUCAACGACCGGUUCCUGCACAACAACUUCCUAAAGGCCUGCGCCCAUGCCGGCGAUGUCGCGAGGGCCGAGCGGUUCUUCCAGCAGAUGCAGUCAGAUGGCGUGGAGGCAAACAUCAAGACCUACGGCAAGCUCAUGGAGGCUGCAGCGCAGGUCGGUGAUGUUCACACCACGAAAAAGUGGUUCGACGAACUCCGGGCCAGCUGCUUCACCCCCGAUGUGGACCACUACAACAUGAUGGCUCGGGCCCACUUCAAGGCCCAGAACUUCCUUGCUGGCCGGCAGUGGCUCUUCGAUGAGACCUUCAGAGAUCGUCUUGCACCGGACAUCGUGAGCUACAACGAGCUCCUGGGCUUGGGAAGGAAGGAAGAGUCUCAGGUUAAGAACACAACGUUUGAAGGGUCGAAGAGGCCAACGGCGACUAACGGCAAGAUGUAG